AUGGCUUCAACGAUUGAGAGGGUGCCGCAAAAGGCAAAUUCUCGGAAAGGCCGCAGUUUUCCUGGAUUCGACUACCUUGGGCGUUUUACAUCUGCCACUUACGAACUUGUGGUGACUGCUGCCUCCGACUGGGCAGACAAGUAUGAAUGGGGGAAGCGUUUUGGGCACAGGGUCAGGAUCAGAGUUUCCGAAGAAAACAGGCCCUUUAUCGAUGUUUUCAGAGAAACUUAUGAAGACGACGAAGACGAGGAAACAAACGAGGUCGUUGCCUUUAUGCUCCGCUAUCCGAGCUCCCCUCGAUGGGAAGACAGACUUACACAGGUUUCGGAAUUCUGUCAAGGCGCAGACUUUGUCAUCGUCAACUUCAUCCCCGACGACCCGAACAACCCUCGCUUGAAGGACGCACAAGAACCUAGAGCCUGGAUCUUCGACUGUCACUUGAAUCCUCAGAUACCGGUUCCCCCAAACCCUCUCCACGACCGCCUCCUGACCAACAUGGAGUUCCAUGAGGCACUGAAGCAAGAGCGGUUUAGCAAAGAUUCAGAGCAGGAGAUCAUUGGAAAUACUCGUCGAAUAUAUAUAAGCAACCCUAACGGAGUCAGUAUACUGUCACUACUCAGAAGAACGCCCGCUUCGCAGGUCGAAGGCUUUCGCAAACUAUUUGCGAACUAUCUAAGUCAAAGCCCAGUCCCCGAGCUGAGCUUGAGGGAAACUGACUGGUGGGGGCUUGGGUUUGUUAUCGAAUGCAACCUACCAUAUCUUGCCAUUAGUACCCACGAUCGAUCGGAUACUCGUACUUUGUCUCAGGAUAAGAAUCUUCGAGCACGAGAUGACAUAGAUUUUCUCAAUCUGAAGUCCUCGACAACGCCAAGAGAUCAACAACAGAGGUCGUGCGUCCCAGACAACGCCGUUCUGCAUGUGGCUGUCUUCUCACUUAUGAUUACGGGUCGCAGUGAACAACAUUCGACCACAGUUUGUCUUGACGAUGAGUUCUUUGAUCAAGAGUCGAGACUGAUGAGCGACGAAGAGAUCGAAAGCUUAGCCGGGCGCGAAGAUCCAAUCACUCUCCAACCAGAGUUUAAGAGAGCCCGCUCUCCACGAGCGUACCUGCUCGUAGCUCUGGAGGGGCAGCUCGAGCGGAUUGUCGAUCAUCACGCGAACGCGCAAGACCAACUGAAGUACAGCAUAGAGCUUUAUAAUACCAUUUCCGAAGAUCGAUCUCCUGCUAUGGACCAGUGGAUCAAGCGCUUUCCGCUGAUUCUGAACAAACUAGUUCACUUCAACUCAAGGUUAGGAGAAAAGGUGAAUCAUUUCCUGACAGACGAUGCCAUGGUUGGCUCAGAUGGAAUUCCUUAUGGACCAUUAUGGCAGGGCUUGCAGGCUGAACCCGGAGCCAUCAAAUCACUACGCGCAAUCAGACGUUAUUGCGGUCUGUUGAGGGAUAUCAACGCUGGACUCGAGCAUCUCAGAGAGGCUUAUGAAGAUGUUAGACGCAAGAGGAAGAACGACUUUGCAGCCGAGCAGCAAACAAGAGACCGCACAAUCGAGCAGGUUACGGUUGCAGCGUUUGGAUUGGCCAUCAUGAACUUGAUUGCCCAAGUCUAUACUGGCAAGCCAGGCAAAGACGAUGAGUCCUCUCGGCCAGCAUACAUUACUAUGGUGGUCAGCUUCGGGGCCAUAUGCAUCAGUGGAAUUUUGUGGUUUGUAUUUCGCUACAGAUCUCGAAGAGAUAGGGCAGGAUGA